AUGGAGGGGGAACAGCAGCAGGAGAUGGCUACAGAACCAGCGCCUUCACCUGAGGCACAAGGAGAUGGGCCGAAAGAAGCUGCAGGCAUUGCGUCAAAUAUUUCUGACGCUGAUGCUUUAAAAAUACUUUUGGAGAUGAAGAUGAAGAGGCGAAUGCAGAAGCCCACCCUCCCAAGCACCGUGACGGAACUUUCUACCGAGGAGGGCUCCAAAGUAUAUGUCGUUGGCACUGCCCACUUCAGUGACAGCAGCAAAAGAGAUGUAGUGAAGACAAUACAAGAAGUGCAGCCUGAUGUGGUUGUGGUUGAACUGUGCCAAUACAGAGUUUCUAUGUUAAAAAUGGAUGAAAAGACAUUGCUAAAGGAAGCCAAAGAAAUCAAUCUGGAGAAACUUCAGCAAGCUAUAAAACAGAAUGGAGUCAUGUCUGGGUUGAUGCAAAUGCUGCUGCUGAAAGUCUCUGCACAUAUCACAGAACAGCUGGGAAUGGCUCCUGGAGGGGAGUUCAGGGAGGCUUUCAAGGAGGCUAGUAAAGUACCUUUCUGCAAAUUUCAUCUUGGGGACAGGCCAAUCCCGGUGACGUUCAAGAGGGCCAUCGCUGCACUUUCUUUCUGGCAAAAGGUCAAGCUAGCUUGGGGCCUCUGCUUCCUUUCUGACCCAAUCAGUAAAGAUGAUGUGGAGAAGUGUAAACAAAAGGAUCUGCUGGAGCAAAUGAUGGCCGAGAUGAUUGGCGAGUUUCCUGAUCUUCAUCGAACUAUCGUCUCAGAAAGAGAUAUUUACUUGACUUACAUGUUGAAGCAAGCUGCAAAGCGAACAGAACUACCUCGUGCAUCCGAAGCUGAACCUAGAAGAUGUGUCCCUUCCAUUGUAGUUGGGGUGGUUGGAAUGGGUCACGUGCCUGGGAUCGAAAAGAACUGGAAUACAGACUUGAACAUCCAGGAAAUAAUGAGUGUGCCGCCUCCAUCAACCUCAAGUAAAAUCCUCAAGUUUGCUAUAAAGGCCACAGUAUUUGGACUAGUGGGCUACGGCUGCUAUAGGAUGGGACAAAGGACAGUUCGGUUUAUUCUCUCCAUGCCCGUUGCACAGAACUAUCUUCAGAAACUGGCAGAUGUCAAGCCUUGGCACUGAAUUGGAAGAUUCUGCAAGUAGCUGGGGCAAGAUCUAACAUACGUAAAACUAGGUUGGAAAGGAGUGACUUGUCAAAUUUAACCAAAUUCUGUCCAGAGGUCUCAUUUGACGCUGAGCUGCAGCAUAACCAGUGGAUCAGUACCACCUAAGCAUUUGCCCACAAACCUGGUGAAAUGGGCAUCAUAAAAUUACAUGCCAGUAUAGGGUACCUAAAGUAUGUACACAUAUAUAUUAUACUAUUAUGUGUAUAUAGUGCAUUUAUAAAGAUGGUGAUAUAAUGGAUCAACAACAUAGAAUCUAAUAUCCUUGGACACAAUUCACUGGAAACUUCUAUUAUGCAAGCACCUUUGAAACAAAUGAGACUGUACAAAGAUGCAGCUGUUCAUUUAACUGAAGCUGGCACAGGAGAACUUGCUGGUGCAUUGUGUCCCAUGAUCUGUCCCCCCCCCCCCCAGAGGAACAGAACAAACCAUAGGCUAGUUGUGUUCCUAUUAGAAAGCACAGUGGCCCAUUAAGUAUGUGUGCAUUCGGUACAGGUAAUACCAAGCUAUCCUUCCUGGUGCCAAGCACCUAUAAGAUGACUUAGAAGGACCUCUUCUUACUGGAAAACUUUUAUACUUAGUGGCUUUUUUUUUAAGAAGACAAACUGCUAAAAGCUUUUGAAAUAUCAGAAACUUGCUGGCUGCUAUCGAUGAAACCUCUACAUAUCUUUUACAAGCCUUACUUUUUUUUAAAGAAAAAGUUGCCUUCAGCAUUGUAUCCCGCCAAAAUGGAUCACUUUAAAACCCCAGCCCUUUCAAUGGAAAUCUCACAAGUUCCAUUCAAGAGUCCUUAUGUUUGGUUAACCCAGCCUCCCCCCAACCGGACGCCCUCCAGAUGUCUUUAGAUUCAGAAUCAUCUGGGGAAAGUUGGGGAAGGACAAGCAAGAUCAUGCUUUGUCGUUUUGGGGCUUUCCCAAGGUUUUCUCUGUCUCGAAUGAAACAUUGCAAUGUGUCUGCUUUUCUCUGUCUCCUUAAGUUGUUGUUGGGUAACUUCCUAUGUUUACAGGGCACACAGUUCCUCCUAGAUUAGAUUAAUGUCACUGAUAUUAGUAAACCAAAUCCUUGUCAGGAUAAAUUUCAGCACUGCAAAAUUAUUGAGACUCUUAUCCCUCCUACUAACGGCUUUUCACUUCUCCUUUUGGGGGUAAAACAAAUCUGGAACUGUUGUGUAUGUAGUAUUUAACCCUUCCUCGGAUGCCAUGUAAGCUAUUUCUCACAAUUCCAGUGGAAUGUAAUAAAAUGCUGAUUUAAAAGAAAAAUCAGUGGAAUGUUGUUUUAA